CAGAGGGAGGAGGCGGAGGGGGCGGGGAGGCCGCGCCGCCGCGGCACCAGGAACCCGCGGCAGCGGAGCUACAGGGCCCCGACCGGGGAAAGGGGAAGUGGUGAGGCGGAGGAGGCUGGGGUGCACCUCAUCUCAGUCCGGACGCGGAGCCGGCGGCGGGAGGAGCUCGGGCUGGAGCCUCUCCAGCCUUCCGCGAAGGUUUCAGCACAAAAUGAACAUGAUUAGGGAAAAUAAGGAUUUGGCAUGUUUCUACACAACAAAACAUUCAUGGAGAGGAAAGUAUAAGCGUGUCUUUUCAGUUGGAACCCAUGCGAUUACUACAUAUAAUCCCAAUACCUUAGAAGUAACAAAUCAGUGGCCUUAUGGAGACAUUUGCAGCAUCAGUCCCGUUGGGAAAGGACAAGGAACAGAAUUCAACCUCACAUUUCGUAAAGGCAGUGGAAAGAAGUCAGAAACUUUAAAAUUUUCUACAGAGCACAGAACAGAACUUCUUACAGAAGCAUUGAGAUUUAGAACUGAUUUUUCAGAAGGAAAAAUCACAGGAAGGAGGUAUAACUGCUAUAAGCACCACUGGAGUGAUACAAGAAAACCUGUUGUUUUAGAAGUCACUCCUGGAGGCUUUGACCAAAUUAAUCCUGCAACCAACAAAGUCCUCUGUUCCUAUGACUAUAGAAAUAUUGAAGGCUUUGUAGAUCUCUCCGAUUAUCAAGGGGGAUUUUGUAUACUUUAUGGAGGAUUUAGUAGAUUGCAUUUAUUUGCUUCAGAGCAAAGAGAAGAAAUUAUCAAAAGUGCAAUAGAUCAUGCUGGCAACUACAUAGGUAUUUCAUUGCGCAUCAGAAAAGAACCUUUAGAAUUUGAGCAGUAUUUGAAUCUUCGCUUUGGAAAAUACAGCACUGAUGAAUCCAUCACAUCGUUAGCAGAGUUUAUAGUCCAAAAAAUAUCACCUAGACAUUCGGAGCCUGUAAAACGAGUUCUAGCGCUUACAGAAACAUGUUUAGUAGAACGUGAUCCAGCGACAUACAAUAUUGCAACUUUGAAGCCUUUAGGAGAAGUAUUUGCAUUGGUUUGUGAUUCAGAAAAUCCACAACUUUUUACCAUUGAAUUUAUAAAAGGGCAAAUACGGAAAUAUUCUUCAACAGAGAGAGAUUCCUUAUUAGCAAGUUUGUUGGAUGGAGUAAGAGCCUCUGGUAACAGAGAUGUUUGUGUAAAAAUGACACCAACUCAUAAAGGUCAGCGAUGGGGGUUACUCAGCAUGCCUGUCGAUGAGGAAGUAGAGAGCCUUCAUCUCAGAUUUUUGGCCACACCUCCAAAUGGCAACUUUGCAGAUGCUGUAUUCAGGUUCAACGCUAAUAUUUCAUAUAGUGGAGUUCUGCAUGCAGUAACACAGGAUGGUCUCUUCUCAGAAAACAAAGAAAAACUGAUCAAUAAUGCCAUAACAGCAUUAUUGUCUCAAGAGGGAGAUGUUGUUGCUUCAAAUGCAGAACUUGAGAGUCAGUUCCAGGCUGUGAGGAGGCUUGUAGCUUCCAAAGCUGGUUUUCUGGCCUUCACUCAGCUUCCAAAGUUUCGGGAACGUCUAGGAGUGAAGGUAGUAAAAGCACUCAAGAGGAGCAACAAUGGAGUAAUCCAUGCAGCUGUUGAUAUGCUCUGUGCCCUCAUGUGUCCCAUGCAUGAUGACUAUGACUUAAGGCAAGAACAGCUGAACAAAGCUUCUCUUCUCUCUUCAAAGAAGUUUCUGGAAAACUUACUGGAGAAAUUUAAUUCCCAUGUGGAUCAUGGGACUGGUGCCCUAGUUAUUAGUUCACUCUUGGACUUCCUUACUUUUGCCCUCUGUGCUCCAUAUAGUGAGACAACAGAAGGACAGCAGUUUGAUAUGCUCUUAGAGAUGGUAGCAUCCAAUGGAAGAACCCUCUUCAAACUCUUUCAGCAUCCUUCCAUGGCAAUUAUCAAGGGAGCUGGAUUGGUUAUGAAGGCAAUAAUAGAGGAAGGUGACAAAGAAAUUGCUACAAAAAUGCAGGAGCUUGCCCUAAGUGAAGGUGCCUUACCUCGACACUUGCAUACUGCGAUGUUUACAAUAAGCUCAGAUCAGAGGAUGCUUACAAAUAGACAGCUAAGUAGACAUUUAGUGGGACUCUGGACAGCUGAUAACGUAACUGCGACAAACCUGUUGAAACGCAUUUUGCCGCCAGGGUUGCUGGCAUACUUGGACAGCUCAGAUCCAGUUCCUGAGAAGGAUGCUGAUCGCAUGCAUGUUAGAGAUAAUGUGAAAAUAGCAAUGGAUCAGUAUGGAAAAUUUAAUAAAGUUCCAGAAUGGCAAAGACUAGCUGGGAAAGCUGCUAAGGAAGUUGAAAAAUUUGCCAAAGAAAAAGUAGAUCUUGUGUUGAUGCACUGGAGGGAUAGAAUGGGCAUUGCACAAAAAGAGGAGAGAAACAAUAUGAAUAUAAAUCAAAAGCCAGUUGUUCUUCGAAAGAGAAGACAAAGAAUAAAAAUAGAAGCAAAUUGGGAUCUCUUCUAUUACAGGUUUGGUCAGGAUCAUGCCAAGUCAAACCUAAUUUGGAAUUUCAAAACACGAGAAGAACUGAGAGAUAGUCUUGAAUCUGAAAUGAGAGCAUUUAAUAUUGAUAGAGAGCUUGGUAGUGCUAAUGUGAUCUCUUGGAACCACCAUGAAUUUGAGGUUAAAUAUGAGUGCCUCGCAGAGGAAAUCAAAAUAGGAGACUAUUACCUGAGGUUACUAUUGGAGGAAGAUGAGAAUGAAGAAAGUGGAUCAAUUAAGAGAUCGUAUGAGUUUUUCAAUGAGCUCUAUCAUCGUUUCCUUCUCACCCCAAAAGUAAACAUGAAGUGUUUAUGUUUACAAGCCCUUGCUAUUGUUUAUGGCAGAUGUCAUGAAGAAAUAGGACCCUUUACAGAUACGAGAUAUAUCAUUGGAAUGUUAGAGAGGUGCACAGACAAACUUGAACGAGAUCGGUUGAUCCUCUUCCUUAACAAGUUGAUCCUUAAUAAGAGAAAUGUUAAGGAUCUCAUGGAUUCAAAUGGAAUUAGGAUCCUUGUGGACUUGCUUACCCUUGCACAUCUCCACGUAAGCCGAGCUACAGUACCACUGCAAAGCAACGUAAUUGAAGCUGCUCCAGAUAUGAAAAGAGAGAGUGAAAAGGAAUGGUACUUUGGCAAUGCAGACAAAGAGAGGAGUGGCCCAUAUGGAUUUCAUGAGAUGCAAGAAUUGUGGACCAAAGGAAUGUUAAAUGCAAAAACCAGAUGCUGGGCUCAAGGCAUGGAUGGAUGGCGACCACUUCAGGCAAUACCUCAGCUUAAGUGGUGUCUGUUAGCCAGUGGACAGGCUGUACUAAAUGAAACUGACCUUGCUACCCUUAUAUUGAACAUGUUGAUCACAAUGUGUGGAUAUUUUCCAAGCAGGGAUCAAGAUAAUGCCAUCAUUCGGCCUCUACCCAGAGUGAAAAGACUGCUAUCAGACAGCGCUUGCCUACCCCAUAUCAUUCAGCUACUGCUGACCUUUGACCCUAUACUUGUUGAGAAGGUUGCGAUUUUGUUAUACCAUAUCAUGCAAGAUAACCCACAGUUACCUCGUCUUUAUCUUAGUGGAGUAUUUUUCUUUAUCAUGAUGUAUACAGGUUCCAAUGUGCUUCCUGUUGCUCGAUUUUUGAAGUAUACACAUACCAAACAGGCUUUCAAGUCUGAGGAGACAAAAGGACAAGAUAUUUUUCAGAGAAGUAUACUUGGACACAUCCUACCAGAAGCAAUGGUUUGUUACUUAGAAAAUUAUGAGCCUGAAAAGUUUUCUGAGAUUUUUCUGGGAGAAUUUGAUACUCCAGAAGCAAUCUGGAGCAGUGAAAUGAGACGCCUCAUGAUAGAGAAGAUUGCUGCCCAUCUUGCUGAUUUCACACCACGUCUUCAGAGUAACACAAGAGCACUUUAUCAAUAUUGUCCCAUCCCAGUAAUCAACUAUCCACAACUAGAAAAUGAACUAUUUUGUAAUAUUUAUUACCUCAAACAACUUUGCGAUACACUCCGGUUUCCAGAUUGGCCCAUUAAAGAUCCGGUUAAGCUUCUAAAAGAUACUCUUGAUGCCUGGAAGAAGGAAGUUGAAAAGAAGCCUCCUACAAUGUCAAUAGAUGAUGCUUAUGAAGUGCUUAAUCUCCCUCAAGGACAGGGCCCGCAUGAUGAGAGCAAGAUUAGAAAAGCUUACUUCAGACUUGCACAGAAGUACCACCCUGAUAAGAAUCCAGAAGGGAGGGAUAUGUUUGAAAAAGUAAAUAAAGCAUAUGAAUUUUUAUGUACCAAAUCAGCAAAAAUAGUGGAUGGGCCAGAUCCAGAGAACAUAAUUUUAAUUUUGAAAACACAGAGCAUCCUCUUCAACCGUCAUAAAGAAGAUUUACAGCCUUAUAAAUAUGCAGGAUACCCCAUGCUAAUUAGGACUAUAACAAUGGAAACUUCAGAUGACCUCCUGUUCUCAAAAGAAUCACCAUUGUUGCCUGCUGCUACAGAGCUAGCUUUCCAUACUGUCAACUGCUCGGCCCUCAAUGCUGAAGAGCUCAGGAGGGAGAAUGGAAUUGAGGUGUUACAGGAGGCAUUUAGUCGCUGUGUGGCUGUGUUGAAUCGUUCUAGUAAACCAAGUGACAUGUCAGUACAGGUGUGUGGACACAUAAGCAAAUGCUACAGUGUGGCUGCUCAGUUUGAAGAAUGCCGAGAGAAGAUCACGGAAAUGCCUGGCAUCAUCAAGGAUCUCUGUCGGGUGCUAUAUUUUGGCAAGAGUAUUCCACGGGUGGCCGCUCUUGGAGUAGAAUGUGUCAGUUCCUUUGCUGUUGAUUUCUGGCUACAGACACACCUAUUUCAGGCUGGAAUUUUGUGGCAUCUGCUUGGUUAUCUAUUUAAUUAUGACUACACGCUAGAAGAGAGUGGCAUUCAGAAAAGCGAAGAAACAAAUCAGCAGGAAGUAGCCAACAGCCUUGCUAAAUUGAGUGUCCGUGCUCUGAGUCGCCUUGGAGGAUACCUGCCUGAAGAACAAGCGACCCCAGAAAAUCCAACCAUAAGAAAAAGUUUAGCUGGCAUGCUGACACCCUACGUUGCUAGAAAACUUGCUGUAGUUAGUGCUACUGAGAUUCUGAAGAUGCUUAACAGCAACACAGAGAGCCCCUAUUUGAUAUGGAACAAUUCUACAAGAGCAGAACUACUUGAGUUUCUUGAAUCCCAACAAGAAAACAUGAUUAAAAAAGGUGAUUGUGACAAAACUUAUGGAUCAGAAUUUGUCUAUAGCGAUCAUGCCAAAGAACUUAUUGUAGGGGAGAUUUUUGUUAGGGUGUAUAAUGAAGUCCCUACUUUCCAACUAGAGGUUCCAAAAGCAUUUGCCGCAAGUCUUUUGGAUUAUAUAGGCUCCCAGGCCCAGUACCUCCACACAUUCAUGGCUAUCACACAUGCUGCAAAAGUGGAGUCAGAGCAACACGGAGACCGCUUGCCAAGAGUGGAAAUGGCUUUGGAGGCUCUGAGAAAUGUCAUAAAAUAUAAUCCAGGCUCUGAAAGUGAAUGCAUUGGGCACUUUAAGUUAAUAUUUUCUCUUCUCCGAGUCCAUGGAGCUGGUCAAGUGCAGCAGUUGGCUUUAGAGGUUGUGAAUAUAGUGACAUCUAACCAAGAUUGUGUCAACAAUAUUGCUGAAUCAAUGGUUUUGUCCAAUUUAUUGGCUCUUCUACAUUCAUUGCCAUCAAGUCGUCAGCUUGUUCUGGAAACUCUUUAUGCUUUGACCUCAAGUACAAAAAUAAUCAAAGAAGCAAUGGCAAAAGGAGCUUUGAUUUACUUAUUAGAUAUGUUCUGCAAUUCAACACAUCCACAGGUUCGAGCCCAAACAGCAGAACUUUUUGCUAAAAUGACCGCAGACAAACUAAUAGGGCCAAAGGUCCGCAUUACACUAAUGAAAUUUCUACCAAGCGUUUUCAUGGAUGCCAUGAGAGACAACCCUGAAGCUGCUGUACAUAUUUUUGAAGGAACUCAUGAAAAUCCUGAGUUAAUUUGGAAUGAUAGCUCCAGAGAUAAAGUGUCUACAACAGUUAGAGAAAUGAUGCUAGAGCACUUUAAAAAUCAGCGAGAUAACCCUGAUGUAAAUUGGAAGUUGCCUGAAGAUUUUGCUGUGGUGUUUGGAGAAGCAGAGGGUGAACUUGCUGUUGGAGGAGUUUUCUUGAGAAUCUUUAUUGCACAGCCAGCGUGGGUUCUAAGAAAGCCUAGAGAAUUCCUUAUUGCACUAUUAGAAAAAUUAACUGAGCUCCUGGAGAAGAACAAUCCUCAUGGAGAAACUUUGGAAACUUUGACAAUGGCAACAGUAUGUCUCUUCAAUGCACAGCCUCAGCUGGCUGACCAGGUCCCACCAUUGGGCCACCUCCCCAAAGUGAUCCAGGCAAUGAAUCAUAGGAACAAUGCCAUUCCUAAGAGUGCCAUCCGCAUUAUCCAUGCCCUGUCUGAAAAUGAGCUGUGUGUUCGAGCCAUGGCAUCUUUGGACACCAUUGGCCCACUGAUGAAUGGGAUGAAAAAACGACCAGAUACUGUUGGUUUAGCCUGUGAAGCAAUUAAUCGAAUGUUUCAGAAGGAGCAGAAUGAAUUAGUAGCACAAGCCCUGAAAGUAGAUCUGGUCCCAUACCUCUUAAAAUUACUCGAAGGCAUUGGUCUUGAAAAUCUUGACAGCCCAGCAGCCACUAAAGCUCAGAUUGUUAAAGCUCUCAAGGCCAUGACUCGAAGCCUGCAGCAUGGAGAACAGGUGAAUGAAAUCUUGUCUCGUUCUUCAGUCUGGAGUGCCUUCAAAGAUCAGAAACACGAUUUGUUUAUUUCUGAGUCACAAACAGCAGGAUACCUCACAGGACCUGGAGUUGCUGGCUACCUUACUGCAGGGACAUCCUCGUCAGUCAUGUCCAACCUGCCGCCUCCCGUAGACCACGAGGCAGGCGACCUUGGCUAUCAGAGUUGACACCUUUGUGAGAGACAGUAAAUGCUGACAGGCCAGUGCCCAGUCCACAUUCCUCCAGCUGAUAGUUGAAACAAACUCUUACUGCCUUUCUCCUGGUUUCAUGACAGUGUUAUUCCUUUUUCUAUAAAUAUAUUUUUAUUUAGGAAAAAAAGUCAGUGAUUCUAAUUGUAUCACGUUGUAAGAAAGCACUCUGUGGAUCAGCCUAAGUGGGUACACAAGUUUUUUUUCUUGAUGUAUGUAAGCACAUUCUGUUCCUUUGUAUCUGUUUACAAGACUGUGAAUCAAAAAGACAAAACUUUCUUCCUAGUUUUUAUAAUGUUUUUUUUUGAAUUAGCGUGACUGUGGGGUUGAACUGAAAUCUACAGAAAUUGGACUAGGUCACUUGUCCCCGGAAGACAAUGUUUCCCUCUCCUGCAUCAAGUCCCUGUGGCUAUCCCCCCUCCACCGUCCAACACUAGUAGGCUUCAUCCUCGUGCCUGUUUCCCGGUAUCCUCUCCCCAGUCAUUAACCUUCUGAGAGCUCACAGUACAUGUCGGUAUGUAUAACUGACUUUACCAAAUUGAAUGAGAAAGGAGCUUGUGCAAAAAAAUUUAAAAACGGAUGUCAAGAUGUUAUGUAAGAGAUUAGUGUAAUUGUGAAAUGUUCUAUACAGUAUCAAAUAUAUAAAGCUUUCUAUAUUGAAUGUACAUUAUACAGAUCAUUCAUAUGUGUACAUAAAAUUUUAAAAAUAAAGGGAAUUGACUGCUUUGUUAA